UUACAAAGUUACGCAGUUACGAGUUUUGCGCUCAUAAUACAGUCCUAUCAAUUUUGUGAUAGCGUCACAAAAACUAGUAUAGAAUUGUAUAAUAAUAAAAAAACCUAUCGAAGAUGUUCGUUCCAGAAGAUGAACAAUACGAGGAGGCGGAUAGCGAAGAAAUAUCCUCGAAUUUAUGGCAAGAAGCAUGUUGGAUCGUCAUAAAUGCUUAUUUCGAUGAGAAAGGUUUGGUACGGCAACAACUCGACAGUUUUGAUGAAUUCAUUGAAAUGUCAGUUCAACGUAUUGUGGAAGAUUCGCCCCAAAUCGAUCUCCAGGCCGAAGCUCAACAUACUUCUGGAGAAAUCGAACUUCCCCAUCGUCAUCUACUGAAGUUUGAACAGAUUUAUUUAUCUAAACCCACACACUGGGAAAAAGACGGUGCACCUUCUCCCAUGAUGCCCAAUGAAGCACGAUUACGAAACCUCACUUAUUCAGCACCACUUUAUGUUGAUAUCACAAAAACUCUCGUCAAGGAUAUUGGUAGAGAUAAUGAAGAAAGAUUGGAAACUCAACACCAAAAAACUUUUAUUGGAAAAAUUCCAAUCAUGUUGAGAUCAAAGUAUUGCUUACUAUCACAGUUGGCUGAUCGUGAUUUGACUGAAUUGAAUGAGUGUCCCCUGGAUCCUGGAGGAUAUUUUAUAAUAAACGGAUCUGAGAAAGUACUAAUUGCUCAAGAAAAAAUGGCGACAAAUACAGUUUACGUUUUCAGUAUGAAAGAUGGAAAGUACGCAUAUAAAGCAGAGAUUCGUUCUUGCUUGGAGCACAGUUCCAGACCAACGUCCACUUUGUGGAUCAACAUGAUGGCCAAAAGUGGCGCAAGCAUAAAAAAAUCAGCGAUAGGUCAAAGAAUCGUGGCGAUAUUACCGUACAUAAAGCAAGAAAUACCGAUAAUGAUAGUUUUCCGAGCACUGGGUUUCGUCGCCGAUCGUGAUAUAUUGGAGCACAUAAUCUACGAUUUCGACGAUCCCGAAAUGAUGGAAAUGGUAAAACCAUCGUUGGACGAGGCGUUUGUAAUACAGGAACAGAACGUCGCAUUGAAUUUCAUCGGUACUCGUGGUGCGAGGCCAGGUGUAACGAGAGAUCGUCGUGUCAAAUAUUCCCGUGAAAUAUUACAGAAGGAAAUGUUGCCUCAUGUGGGAAUAAGUGAUUUUUGUGAGACGAAAAAGGCGUAUUUCUUGGGUUACAUGGUGCACAGAUUAUUAUCAGCAUCAUUGGGUCGAAGGGAGCUCGAUGAUCGGGAUCAUUACGGCAACAAGCGUCUGGAUCUUGCAGGGCCGUUGCUCGCUUUUCUGUUUCGAGGAUUGUUUAAAAAUCUCAUGAAAGAAGUUCGGAUGUACGCGCAAAAAUUCAUCGAUCGCGGGAAAGAUUUCAACUUGGAACUCGCUAUAAAAACUAAAAUAAUAACAGACGGUCUUCGUUAUUCGUUGGCGACGGGCAAUUGGGGAGAUCAGAAAAAAGCGCAUCAGGCGAGAGCCGGUGUGUCGCAAGUAUUGAAUCGAUUGACUUUCGCCUCGACCCUGUCGCAUCUUAGGAGAGUCAAUUCACCGAUAGGUCGCGAUGGAAAAUUAGCAAAACCUCGACAGCUUCACAAUACGUUAUGGGGCAUGCUUUGUCCCGCUGAAACACCCGAAGGCGCGGCUGUCGGUCUCGUCAAAAACCUCGCUCUUAUGGCAUACAUAAGCGUUGGCUCUCAGCCUUCGCCGAUUCUCGAGUUCUUGGAGGAAUGGUCGAUGGAAAAUCUGGAAGAAAUAGCGCCUAGUGCUAUAGCAGAUGCGACCAAAAUAUUUGUCAAUGGUUGUUGGGUCGGAAUCCAUCGUGAUCCCGAUCAAUUAAUGGCAACUCUUAGAAAACUACGCAGACAGAUGGAUAUAAUCGUUUCUGAAGUUUCCAUGAUAAGAGAUAUUCGUGAUCGCGAAAUUAGAAUUUAUACCGAUGCCGGAAGAAUCAGUAGGCCUCUUCUUAUCGUCGAGGGACAAAAACUAUUACUCAAAAAACGUCACAUCGAUGUCCUCAAAGAACGAGACUACAACAACGACGGAUGGCAGGAAUUGGUCAGCAGCGGUGUCGUGGAAUAUAUCGAUACUCUCGAAGAGGAAACUGUCAUGAUUGCUAUGUCACCAGAUGACUUGAACAUGAAAAAAGAUGUAGCCUACUGUACCACUCACACUCACUGCGAAAUUCAUCCGGCGAUGAUUCUCGGUGUAUGCGCCUCUAUCAUACCUUUCCCUGAUCACAAUCAGAGCCCCAGAAACACUUAUCAAAGCGCUAUGGGUAAACAAGCCAUGGGAGUUUACAUUACGAAUUUCCACGUUAGAAUGGACACUCUGGCUCACGUACUUUAUUAUCCCCACAAACCACUCGUAACAACUAGAUCGAUGGAGUAUCUCAGGUUUCGAGAAUUGCCAGCUGGAAUAAACAGCAUUGUAGCAAUUCUUUGCUACACGGGAUAUAAUCAGGAGGACAGUGUUAUUCUCAACGCGAGCGCCGUCGAAAGAGGUUUCUUCCGAUCGGUGUUUUAUCGAUCUUACAAAGACGCCGAGUCCAAAAGAAUCGGUGAUCAAGAGGAACAAUUCGAGAAACCAACGAGACAAACGUGCCAAGGAAUGCGCAAUGCCAUUUACGACAAACUUGAUGACGAUGGUAUCAUUGCACCCGGUAUUCGUGUGUCCGGCGAUGAUGUUGUCAUUGGAAAAACAAUCACACUCCCGGAAACCGACGAUGAGUUGGACAGCACGACAAAGAGCUUCACGAAACGAGACGCUUCGACAUUUUUGCGUAACAGUGAAACUGGCAUCGUUGAUCAAGUUAUGCUAACGUUGAACAGUGAAGGUUACAAAUUUUGCAAAAUUCGUGUCCGGAGCGUUCGAAUACCUCAAAUCGGUGACAAAUUUGCAUCGCGUCAUGGACAGAAGGGAACGUGUGGUAUUCAGUACAGACAAGAAGACAUGCCUUUCUCGUGCGAGGGUCUCACUCCCGAUAUCAUAAUCAAUCCUCAUGCUAUUCCAUCCCGUAUGACGAUCGGCCAUUUAAUCGAAUGUAUUCAGGGCAAAGUAUCGGCCAAUAAGGGAGAAAUCGGUGACGCGACUCCUUUUAACGAUGCUGUAAACGUACAAAAAAUUUCGACACUUCUUCAAGAAUACGGUUAUCAAUUGAGAGGCAACGAAGUUAUGUACAACGGGCACACCGGACGAAAAAUCAAUGCCCAAGUCUUUUUGGGUCCUACUUAUUAUCAGCGUUUGAAGCAUAUGGUUGAUGACAAAAUUCACAGUCGAGCAAGAGGACCCGUACAAAUUCUCGUCAGGCAACCGAUGGAAGGCAGAGCCAGAGACGGUGGUCUUCGGUUCGGUGAAAUGGAACGUGAUUGUCAAAUAUCUCAUGGAGCAGCCCAAUUCCUGCGCGAACGUCUUUUCGAAGUAUCCGAUCCUUACCGUAUUCACAUCUGCAAUUUUUGCGGUCUUAUAGCUAUAGCAAAUCUACGUAACAAUACGUUCGAAUGCAAAGGGUGUAAAAACAAAACUCAAAUAUCGCAGAUAAGAUUGCCAUACGCGGCGAAACUACUUUUCCAAGAACUUAUGGCGAUGAACAUUGCACCAAGGCUCAUGGUAGUCUGAAAACGUAACGGUGGAACUGUUUUCGAUCAAGUUUUCACUGUGACAUUCUCUUCGCAAACUGCAAAUUACAGUAGGGUGGCAAGGAGAAUGAAAAAACGAAGGAAUUCAAAACCAAUUGACAAUUAAAUUAUGCUUUUGUUUUCUUCGUUUGUUUUAAGUACACCGAUCGAUCAAAAUUUGCCAGUCCACAUUUGAAUCGUUCAGUUGUAAUACAUGGGUUUAAACUUUUGUCGACGGUAUUUUUUCUCCGUUCAAUACAUUACUUCAACAAAAGAACAAUAAUGGCCCUAACCACCUUCAAUCGUUUUGUUAAUUACGUUAAAUAUCAUUUGAAUAAAUCGACGAAUAUUAAGAAUUGUA